UCCCGGUGUUGAGUCGCGUCGCAAAUAAGCAAAAUGGCCUCCACCGAGCAGGUUGGAUUGAAUAAAAAUUGGGAAUUGUCAUUGUACGAGCUGCACAGACAGUCCCAGGAGCCGAUUAUUGAUAACACGGAGAUAGCAGUCAGUCCCCGAAGUUUACACAGUGAAUUGAUGUGUCCAAUAUGUCUGGAUAUGCUCAAGAAAACAAUGACCACCAAGGAGUGUCUACAUCGCUUCUGCUCGGAUUGUAUCAUCACAGCACUUAGGAGUGGGAAUAAGGAAUGUCCAACGUGCAGGAAAAAACUUGUAUCAAAACGAUCUCUCCGGCCAGAUCCCAAUUUCGAUCUGCUAAUAUCAAAAAUAUAUCCAAGUCGUGAUGAGUACGAGGCACAUCAGGAGCGAGUCCUCGCUAAAUUGAAUAAAUCUCACUCGCAGGCUGCUUUAGUAAAUUCCAUAACAGAGGGAAUAAAACUUCAGAGUCAGAACAGGCCACAGAGAUCGAGAAAAAAUGCCAAUGAAUCCGAGAAUACCAGUAAUGCCCCGUCGUACAAUAACACACCAAAUGUCAGUGCUCCAGCUACACCCAAUCCUGCAGCUAAUGUUGCCAAUCAGAGUGACUCAUCUCAGGGGCCAACCGCUUUGAAUAACAGUGGAGCCAAUAAUUCAGGCUCACAAAAUUCCAAUAGUGUGUCACAACCUGCCAGCAGUCCUGCCAUUUCCGGUACCACAUCCAGAAAUUCGACGACACCAUCUCCAAAUCCAGCGAAUCAAAUUCCCAAGCCUCCAAAACGCCAGAAGAGUCUACAAAAUUCCGAGAAUGACUCAUCGAGUGCUGAGGCUGAAACUGGAGGUGGAGAUUCAAUGGUGGAUACCGAAGGCGAGGGUCCGAGUGAACCCUCGACCUUGGACGAAAUUGAACUAGUGUUCAAGCCCCAUCCCACUGAAAUGGCUGGGGAUAAUUCUCUUAUAAAAGCAUUCAGAGAAAACAGCGUCAGAUACAUAAAGACCACUGCAAAUGCAACAGUCGAUCACCUCAGUAAAUACCUCGCGAUGCGGCUUACCCUCGAUCCAGACACAGAUUUAUCUGAAUCUGAUCGACUCCUUAAUUUUUGUAUUUACAUUGCUCCAUCGCCAGGACAAUACGUCGUUUUGAGUGGCUCCCAGACCUUGAGGCAAGUCAACGAUAAAUUCUGGCGUGUCAACAGACCUCUCGAAAUUUUUUACUCGUGGAAGAAGACCUAGGGAAGGCCCCAACCACCACCGGAUAUUGGCUAGUCACAUCAUGCUCCGGGUUAAAUAAUUAUGAAUGUAUUUUAUUAUUUCGUUGUGGGACGAUUCGAGGGGAGAGUUAUGGAAAUUGUUAGGAUAUUUGGAGAUUCUUCUUUAGGGAAAGUGAUUUCUCUCUCGGAGAGGGAAUUGUGUUCAUCAAGAGCUGAUGGUGCAAUUAACGAUAAUUUAACAUUCGUCAUGAUUUUUAUUUAAUCGGGGAAUUACGAAGAGUCGAAUAUUUGAAAUUUGUUAAACGAUUUCAAUUCGUUUCUGAGACGUUUUUGUAGUGCAUUUCAGGAGCUGAAGGAAAUUCUUAGAAAUUCUUAUUUUCCUUGAAUUCAGAGAUGAUUAACGAGCCCUCAUUUAAUUUUUAUUUUUUAUCGAUGGUAAGACAAACUGUAAAUAGAUCCUAGGAUUCACGUUGGAAUAUGAAGGAAACGUGGAAAAUAUUGUGAAAUAGAGCAUAAAGAGUCGGAAAAAUCCACUGAUUAUUAUUCAAAUCAUUUUUUAUGAACGAAAAACGGUGAUAAUUGUAAAUCAAUUAUUGAGUUUUAUGUUCCGUCGAUGCAGUAUAUUUUAUAUCUCAUUGUAGAAAAGAAUAAACAACGUAUUGUGCUCGUGA